AUGGCGGCAGCCCAACCGGCCAAGCGCCCACGCGUCGAUACGGGCUUCUGCAUCAGCCCUCACCAGGCCUUGGAGCUGCAAAAGGCAGGGCCGAGGUACCUGAAGCUCCUCGUCACGAACGCAACCGCCGGUAUCCUCAUCGGCAAGGGCGGGAGUGCUCUGAAGGAUCUUGAGACCAGCACCGGCUGCUGCGUGAAGCUGUCGCCCUCUGGCAGCUUCUACCCCGGGAGCGGAGGCUACCGCGUUGUCGCCAUCUCUGGGCAAGAGGAUUCAGUGGAAGCAGUUCUCGCAGGGGUCAUCGAAGCAUCCCUUGAAGCGGAGCGGCAUAUUGCACAAAAGGAGGGCCGCGAGGUUGAAGACAGGGUGCUGGUUCAAGUAGCCAUGCCUUUCACUUCUUGCGGACUCAUCAUCGGAAAGAGUGGAGCCAUGCAGAAGGCCAUUGCUGAAAGAACAGGUAUCACGGUCAAGAUCACGCCACAGGGCAAGAACGUCGUGCCGAAUGAAAGGAUCGCGACGCUCCAGGGCACCCUGAUGGCCGUGAACAAUGCCGCGACGCAGGUCUUCCGUCUCAUACAGGGGGACACAUCUCUCGGCACUCACAUGGAGACGCCUGCGGAGAGCGCCGCCAGUUACGGCAACUUUCACCCGCAGGGGCUCCACCCGCAGGGGCUCCACCCGCAGGUGCCAUCGCUUGGAGUGAAGCUCCGUGAACGCUCACAGACAUGGCGAAGGCUAAGACUGUGA